CCAAAGAAGAAGAAUCAACGCUGCCUGUUUGUGUUUGGAAGGCUCCAACCGGCUCCUUUGGCAAGGACCUUCUUGGGUAAACAAACGUCUCGGAGUUUUCUCACAACUUGAUGGCUACUUAUGGAUGGAAACUUGACCACACAACGUGACACUUGAUCUCAGCUGGCAGUGUGUGGCCUGUCGUUGCCUGCAGUGAAGCUCAGUGCCUGGAGCAGAGUCUAGCUCUUUCCCCCACCCUGGUGGCUCCUUAUGAUGGAUCGCGGUUGUACCUGGUUUCUUGCGGCAUGGAUGGUGUGUAUCUAAAGGGUCUUGUGUAUCAGCAUCAGCUUUUCCUGUUCUGUGACGGUGUUCUGUUCAUUUCCAUCUACAAAAGAACACCCUCCAUCCAGACGUGGAGCCCUGUACACCUGCAGACUGUUUUAAAGCAACAAGCAUACAGCUAGGAAUAGGAAAGGGGAGAUCUGCAAAACAAGCUCCUGUUUAGUGGCAGUCUGAUUUAAAAAUAAAAAAUACAAAGUUUUUUUUUUUUUUUGACCAGAUUUGUUUAAUUCCAAAACCUGUAUGGAGGAUGUUUGACUUCCCUUUUCUCUGUUGAAUCGUAUCCGCUCACUCUCACGUUGGGUGGUGGGAUGUCGGAAAAGCCCAACGACAAGAUGGUGAAGUUCCUGGCUCCCCUUUCCAAGAGUGGUAAUGGCAACGUAAACAACGGAUCUGGCUCGGACUCACUUGUUGGUGAAAGGGUGGCAGUGGAGGUGAGGCACCGCCACCACACCAUGGAGCGCGAUCGCUGCACCGCUGAAUAUCGACCAUUCUUCCGCCGCAGCGUCAUCAGCGACUCUAAUGCCACCGCCCUUGACCUCCCUUUACCCAGUACAAUCCCUAUCUUCGCUCCCAUUGUACCCCCCGUGCAAGAUGUGUCCCAUCCUGCCGGUCCACCCCCCACCCCAAGACCUGCACCCCGUGUGACUGUGACAGAGAGUGAAGGAGGAGAAGUGAAGGUAGAUGUGUCUGUAGAGCAGGAGGCUGCCGUAGUACAAGAUAUCUGUGAUGGGAAAGCAGUAGUGACUCAGCCAGCAUACAGUCUAGCUGCCCAACCGCCAAGCCAUACGACAGAACCUGGGAGUGGCGGUGAAGUGAAAGAGAGGGAAGAGGGGGAGGAAGAGAAGGAGAAAGCCCGGGUGGAGGCUGAACAGAGAGAGGCCGAGAAAAAGGUGCAGGAUGACAUCGAGGAAGCAGAGACGAAAGCGGUGGGAACGUCGCCGGAUGGGCGUUUCCUGAAGUUUGACAUUGAGAUUGGACGUGGUUCCUUCAAGACUGUCUACAAGGGCCUGGACACAGAGACCACAGUGGAGGUGGCAUGGUGUGAGCUGCAGGACCGCAAGCUGUCCAAGUCGGAACGGCAGCGGUUCAAGGAGGAGGCUGGCAUGCUAAAGGGGCUGCAGCACCCCAACAUUGUCCGCUUCUAUGAAUCCUGGGAGGCCCCCGUUAAAGGCAGGAAGUGCAUUGUGCUGGUCACAGAACUCAUGACCUCCGGAACACUGAAAACGUAUCUGAAGCGUUUCAAGGUGAUGAAGAUUAAGGUUUUGAGGAGCUGGUGUAGGCAGAUCCUGAAGGGCCUUCACUUUCUCCACACCCGAGCCCCUCCCAUCAUUCACAGGGACCUGAAGUGUGACAACAUCUUCAUCACCGGCCCCACAGGCUCCGUCAAGAUAGGAGACCUGGGAUUGGCCACACUCAAGAGGUCAUCUUUCGCCAAGAGUGUCAUAGGUACCCCUGAGUUCAUGGCGCCUGAGAUGUAUGAGGAGAAGUACGACGAGUCAGUGGAUGUGUAUGCCUUUGGGAUGUGCAUGCUGGAGAUGGCCACCUCAGAGUACCCAUACUCCGAGUGCCAGAACGCUGCACAGAUCUACCGCAGAGUCACCAGCGGGGUGAAGCCGGCCAGCUUCGACAAGGUGGCCAUCCCUGAGGUGAAGGAGAUCAUCGAGGGAUGCAUCAGACAGAACAAGGACGAGAGGUACUCGAUAAAGGACCUGCUGAACCAUGCCUUCUUCCAGGAGGAGACCGGGGUGCGUGUGGAGCUGGCUGAGGAAGAUGAUGGGGAGAUGGAGGCCAUCAAGCUGUGGCUGAGGAUAGAGGACGUCAAGAAACUGAAGGGGAAGUACAAGGAAAACGAGGCCAUCGAGUUCUCCUUUGACCUCAGCAAGGACGUCCCCGAGGACGUGGCCCAGGAGAUGGUGGAGUCUGGCUACGUGUGUGAAGGGGACCAUAAGACUAUGGCUAAGGCCAUAAAGGACAGGGUUUCCCUCAUCAGCAGGAAGAGGGAGCAGAGGCAGCAGGUGAGAGAGGAGCAGGAGAAGAGGAGGCUGGAGGAGGAGCAGGGUCAACGACAACAAGAACAACUAAUUCUACAGCAGCAGCCCGGCACAGAGGCCUCCCAGCCAGGCCAACAGGCUGCCCCCUACCCCCAGCCACAGCCCACCCAGCAGCCACCACAGCCCAACCUGCAGACGACACCCGACAUCCCCCCUCAGACGGCACAGCUGGGGCCCCAGGGAGUUCCCUACGUACCCCAGUCUACAGGGCAGCUCCCAGUCCCAGUAUCCUCCCAAGUUCCAGCCCAGCCAGAGUCAGAGGUGCCAGAGGUGGACCAGUACCCGCAGCAGACUGAGACAGCCAAUCAAAUAACAGAUAGUUCCUCCAUCCUUCCCGAGAUGCACCUGGUUCAGCCGGUGGUGUCAUACAGUUCUCUGCCCUGUCAGCAGCCUCAGCCAGAGGCCCCAUACCCACAGGCCACGCCCCCUGUCCAAACCGACCAAUCGCAGCAGCAGACGCAGCAGACCAUGGUGGUUCCUGCUGCCCAGACUGCCACUGUUGUCCCUGGGGCUCCACAACAGCAGCCACAGCCAGUGGGCAGCACUGCACCUCAGAGCACAACACUACCACCACUCCAGCCUGGUGCCCAGCAAAUACAGUCAUGGGCCAAUGAACCGAGCCCUCCUAUCCUAUCUCCUCCAAUCAACGCAGAGCACCUCUACUUCCUCUAUCAGGCUGCAAACCUCUCUAUGCCGCAGGCCUCUGUGAGUGUAUCCCAGCCGGCAUCAGCAGAGAAGGCAGCAGGCCAGACAGUGCCGGUGCCUCAGUCCGUGGAGAAUUGCCUUUCGAACGUGUCGUCAGGUUUGAGUGACGGCUUUGAGGGGACAUCAGAUGGUAGACACGAAGGGCGCUCCAUGAACAAGCGGCACCAGCAGAACUCUGUACGCAGCCACUCUUGCCACGAGAAAACUGCCAAGGCCAAGCUCAUCGUCCUCAAUAUCUCCAACAUGGGAGACCGGGUGGCAGAGUGCCAGCUGGAGACCCACAACAGGAAGAUGGUCACCUUUAAGUUCGACCUGGAUGGAGAUAACCCUGAAGAGAUCGCACGGAUCAUGGUCCUGAGUAAGUUUAUCCUGGAGAGCGAACGCAAGUCGUUCAUCGAGCAGGUCCGGGAGGUCAUCGAAAUGCCGGGCGAUAAAGGAGAGGGCAUGAAGGAAGGCUGUGCUCAACCGCCCUUCACUCAGAUUGUGGUAGAUGACCCCUUACAGCAGCGUGACAAGCCCACUCCUCUGUCUGGCGUUGCAGCUCAGGUGGUCCACUCUGCAGGCCGGAGGUUCAUCGUUAGCCCUGUCCCAGAGUCCCGUUUGAGAGAGCAGUUUUUCGGCCCUCCCUCGGCUAACACCUCAUUUGGGGAUGAGCCCCAUCCAGUGAGUCUGGGCCUGUCCCUGUCUGCCCCCUCAAGCCGCCUCCAGCAGGCCUUCACUGAGAUGAGGGAGUUGCAUGGGGAGAGACGAGCCACCUGCACAGUCCCCUCCUCCCAGGCUGGUCUGCACCCGACCACCACCCUGCCUCAUGUCUCUGUUAUCCCCUCUGGGUCAUCCUCUCUUCCCCCCUCCACAUGCCAAGUUUCAACCGGGAGGGGGUCUCCAACCCAAGUUUCAGCCCCUGCACCUGCUACCAGUGAGCUAAUCCCACACCCCCAGCCUGGCUGCCAAGCUGCCCCCUCUCAACCUGCUCCUGCCCAAAUCACAUUCCCCCCUUCAGCUGCUCUCCAGCCCCCCCAGGCCACCUCGUCCUCUUUCCCCCCAGCCUCUGCCGAUCAGAUGGGCAGCAGCUCUGCCCCCUUCUCUGGAGCUCCACCCAGUAACUCUGGGACUGUGACCAGCUCAGAGCAGCACCCUAUUCCUGUCCUGUCCUCUCAGCCUAUCCCUGUGUCCAUUCCUGUCACUCAGCCCACCUCCUCCCAGUCUCAGCCUGUCCCUACCUUUGUCCCUGUAGCACAGCCUGCAAUGGCCCCCACCCAUCUUCCACCCUCUACCUUGCCCUCCCAACCGUCCCAGCUGCAGCCAGGGGACCCUGAUGGGGGAGAGUCCCAGUCCAAGGCCCCUGGUAUAGAUGACAUCCAUGCCCUAGAAAAGAAGCUGCGCUCCCUCUUUAAGGACUCCACCUCCGCUGACACUGGCAACCCUGAGACCACCUCUUCCUCCACAGAGACCAUCUCCCCUCCUCAUCUGGCAGCCCUGGUGCCUUCCUACAACCUGUCCCUCACUUCAGGGGAACAGGGAGCCCCGGGCCCCCCCCCCAACUCAGGACAGGGCCUCACACCAGCGGAACAUGCACAGAUCCAUCCAGAAAAGCAUGGCCAAGCCAUCAGAGCGCAGGCAGGCAUCCCUACCUUUGAGCAAUUGCCUCCAUUCCCAGUACCAAACCAGUCCCAGCAGCCUCUUGGUAGUCUGGACGGCCAGCUGAGGAGAGCUGUGAGCCCUGAGAGCAUUAGAGCAGCAACGCCCUCCACAGGGGUCAUCAAACUGGGACGCUUCCAGGUCUCAGAAGCUGGCGCCGGCAGGACUCCUGACCCCUCUACCAUCGCCUCCUCUUCCUCCCUCACACCCUCUUCAUCCUCCUCCUCUUCUUCCUCAUCUUCCUCCCUUUCCAGCCCAGAGAACACCCUCCACCGCUCCUCCUCGCUCUCCAAAGGAGUCUGGAGUGGAGACUCCGUAGAUGGGCUCACUUCUCACUUCCAGACGCAGCCCGCCACCAUCGGACGCUUUCAGGUGACUGCCAGUGUCACACCCAGCCCCAACUCUGUCUCCAAAGUGGGCCGUUUUUCAGUGACGCCAGCUGCAGCCAAUACUACGGCUCCUUCGGGAUCUAGCUCCUCCCAUCAGAACGGCCCUUCCUCUUCAACAACUUCUGACCCCUGUAGCUCCGCCUCCGCAGGGAACAGAGGUUUGUUUAAUCAUUACAUGACCAGCGACAACGAGGACGACUCUGGGCCAGAGGACGAGGCCUUUGAAAGGGAAGUCAGCCACCUCCGAGAGAAACAUAUGAUAGAGAGCCAGACCCUCCACUCCCGUCACAAGGAGGAAAUUGAUGCUCUGUUCACCAGGCUGGGUAAACCUCGUCCCUCGGCUGUCCUCUCCCCCUCUGUGGCAAUGGCCGGGGGCAGACGCAGGGCCAAGACCAAGGCCAGCAAAUCAGCCCGCAGCAGCACCCAGCCCGGUCCCUUGCACACAGGAGACCAAGUCACAGGCCAGAUCUCCCCAGAGUCCUCCUCUAAGCAGUCAUCUCGCCCCACGGCAGGGCUCUCUGAGCCAGGCAGCCGGACCUCCUCCCAGAAUCUCAAACUCUCCCCCUCCUUGCCCAGCCUCAGCACCUCCACCAUGGGAGUGAGUGGGACCAGUUCAGACAGUGGAGCGAACACCAGCCAGUGCCAACCGUUAGGCCCCAACAUGGCCCCGGCUGUAACACAGAGUCGCAAGGGCACAUUCACAGACGACCUGCACCUGCUAGUUGACAACUGGGCCCGAGACGCCAUCAGCCUCUCCCACGGCAAGAAAGGACCCAAGGGGACAGCCCAGGGACCCGGACACGACAUCCCUCUACAUAUCCCUCCUCAAGCCAACAUGGGCCGAAAGUUUUCUGCCCCUGGCCACCUCUGCCCUACUACCCACCCCUCCACCAACUCCUCCAUCCCCCUCUGCCCGCGUCAGGGCUCUCUGGGCACCGCUGCCCAGGUGUUCGGCUACGGCCCAUCCACCUACAGCACCCCCCAGUGGGCAGGACCUACAGGUCCCUGUCAGGUGGGCCUCCUAGCCUCCACCCAGCCGCAGGCCCAGUACCAGCCCCAAGCCCCCUCCUCGGCCUCAGCCCCCCUUCAGCAGCCAUUCCACGCGGGAGCCACUCAGAAACCUGUCGGCAACCCUGGAGGCCCCAACCUGAGGCCCACGUAGCCUGGACCUGGGUUAGUCAGGCUGGGCUGAGGGCAGGGAGGAAGAGCGCUAUAGGACAACUACUAGCACUCUGGUGUUUUGUUCUGUUUCGCUUAUUGGUGAGGUGGAAAAAAAGAAGAGGAGACUGUGGUCCUGUCAGAUGAAAAAAGAGGUCUGUCUGUUGGUUUGAGGGAGAUUUCAAUACAUACCCAUAGCACACCAAUCACACCUUCACUCCUACCAGGGCCCAGUCUUUUCUGCCAAUGGCUGUGGAAGCGGGCUGUGACAUUUAGGUUUGUCCAAUGAAAGCCAUUGACCCAAGAGCACAAACGGCAACGGCCAGAGACGUCUGUUGAAAGCACCAUUGUGACCAUUCCCUUGAAGGAGAGGAUAGGGCGGGGCAACUCUUAUUCACUUCUUGACUGUAACUGGCCUUGAGCUUAACUAGGACAGAAUUUAGAAGAUGGAGAGAAACUCCACCAACACACACACACACCUCCUAGCCCUACUGUCAUUGGCUGAGAUUCAGGGGUGUUGAAUGGUAUGGGAAGCUGUCUUGGUGAGAAACGGAUGAAUUGUGGGUAUCAAGUUUGUAUAAAGAAAGUCGAGAGAGAGACAGUAUGUAGAGAAGGAAAGAAGAGGUGGAAUGAGAGUGAAUGGAAGCCGGUAAGGUUUUACUGGAUAGUGGUUACCCAUAUCAUCGCCAUACAGUAAGAUGCAAUAAUAGCAUUGUGGGGAAAGGAGUGAGUCCCUGGCCCCGUGUAACAGUGGCCUUCAACCCCUAAAUGCAUGUGCACAUUUUCUUUGUAUAACAAAUAUUUCUUGUCCUAGGUUAUGAUUCCAUGGUUAUAUUUGACUAUCUGUCCCUCUGAGAUGUUGUGCCUGACUGAUGGUGUUACUUUCUUAUUUGAGACCUGUUAGCGUGAGUUAAGUAACAGACCUGUCUGUAGAUAGUUUAUCAUUAUCUACUUCCUGUCAUGUCCAUGCUUUUGGAUUUAGCCUGACUAUCCAUGAGUGAUUUUGGUUUACGCUUUAGAGACUGGUUAGGCUUAUCAACUGUUUGAGGGGUUUGAGUUGUAGGCUUCAGCAACUGUAACAAUUUGGUUUGGGGUUUUAGACUUUAGCAACUGUGUCGGUUGUCUCACCUCACCACCUGGUGUACUGUAGUCACUCUGAUAAGCAAGGCUAUGGCCCUCGGUACAUUCCUGAGACUAUCUAUAGAUACUACUGGUAUAUUAUAUAGCAGUCAAUGGGGCAUGAUGUUCACACAGACCUUAGAAAUGUAAACUUUUCACAAAUCUAUCCAGCCUUAUUUCCUGUUGUCGUCAUAUUUCAAAAUCAUGACAAAUUGUCUGGGGUUCCCUUUCUGUGGUUUAUUUUGUGUGUAUAUUUAAAUACAAAUACAAGAUGCUCUCUAUGGACCUGUAUUCAGCCAUCAGAUUUUGAUAUUUCACUAACUUAAGUGUUGUUGAACAACAUGUAGUUAAAGGAAUAUAACGUGCAAUUGCAGGGUUAUUAUUGGUAUUGUACUCUGUAACAGCAGAGUAGUCCUGUGCUUCUUCAACUCUUAUCAUACACCACCCUGUCUUUUUUUGUUUUACUGUGUGUAUAUGUCUAUACAUGCAAGGUACAUGUGUUGCAUUUAAAUAAUGAUUCCAUAUAAUGCUCAUCGCCAUAGAGUACUAUGUCUUGCGAUUUACCCACCCCCACACAGUACACACACGGACAGCCCUGUAAACUUUCAGAACUCUUUAGUGCUUCGCAUCCUCACUACUGAGAGAUUCCACCAUAAUGACCGAGCCCUACUGUUCUUUCUGAUGGACUAGAGUCCAGUGACUGAAAGACCAGUUAACUGCUGACCUGUGAGAUCCAUCAAACGUCCAUAGACAUCGGUAAAUGUUUAAUGUGAAAGUUAGACAUAACUAAAGAAGUCUGUCAGAAGAGGCAGGUGAGUCUUAUAACACAGGACUGACUCAUGUAAAGCAGAGCUGUGGUCACCAAAACCAGCAUUUGUGUUUGUUAGUUAUUGAAAAGGGGUAUGAUUUGUCUAAGUGAACGUAAUCAGUACAGUAUUGCAUAGCAGCACUUGUUUUCAACAGAUGAGCAAACUAAACUGUUGUCUGGUGUUUUUUCUCUCCAUUGGCACCAUUCUCUUACGUGAUGAGUGCCAUUCCCCUCAAUACAGUGACCUCACCCACUCCUGGUUUACUACUUUAACUUCUCUAGAGAAUAAUAAGUUACUGCAAUGCAGAAUAUGCAAUGUUUAAUAGGGACCAAGGGGGAAUGUUUUCAUGCCGACGGUUACUUAGUGUUUUUGAUAUUGGGAAAACUGAAAUCCUGCUUUUUUUUCUAUGAUUCCACACAAAGUGCCGAUCUUGAAUUGCUCAUGUGUCAAUGUAUCUCAAUAUAAUAUUGGCAUCUGUUUCCUGAAUUCUAACUGGUUUUAGACCAUUGGCUUACCUACAACAACCCACUGUACAGCACAAGCUACUAAUCACCCAAUUAUCCACAAGUGGUGAAAAGAUUCUAUAAUUGUCUCCUUAGGCUGACUUAUUUCAUGUUGUACUCAUCCCUAUUUUCUCUUGCUCAAGGACCAGCCUACUCUGUUUUUUCAUGUUCUACAAAAAUAAAUAAAUAAAUGCAACUGAAAUCA